GUGGGCGGCCCCGGCCCUUUGUAUUCGAUGGCCCGCAAAAGCCUAACCUCACAUGCAACAAGCGCACAGCCGGCCGCGGCGACGGCCGUUGCUCCCGCUAUAGCUAGCUAGGCGAGAGGACGUGGUGGGCUGGGUCUCAAGGCUGGACGAUAGGACAGUCACUUAGCUAUGUAUGCUUAACCUUGUAUCAGAUGUCAAAAUUGCCACCACACACUGUCAUGUCUCCUGUGCAACUCGCAACGCUAGUGAGAUGUUCAGUUUCCAGGUGUGGUUAAAUACGGCGGUGGCUUGGUUUGGGAGGUAUAGCACAGUAAGUGUGAGGAGGCAGACGACGACACCAUGCCGAACAACCCAGCCGAGCGACCGAGCAAUCGUCGGCGUCCCGGCGUGGCCGGUUGGAGGUGCUGUUAGCUGGCUCGGGCGGCCGUCGGCUACGGUAUGCGGGCUGCGGAUGGCUCUCUCGACGGUGCCAUCGCCAGGGCUUCGCUUUACACUUGAGCAGGCCAAGCCGAGAGGACGAUAGUACAACAGUUGGUUGAUACAUUCAAUAGACCCAAUAGGGCAGAUGUUGAUAUACUGCUCGCGUACGGUCGAGAAAGCAUGAAGCUUGUGCCGUCAGCAGGCUCGCCUGAUC